CAGUAUACGGCUAUGCCGAAAAACAAAUACUAAACUUAAAAUAUUUGUGCCUACAUGUGGGUUACUCUUUAUCACACAGAUAAUGGUCGGUAUGCGAAUGACAAGGCCAUACUCGGAGGAGAAGUAUGUAUGUGGGGAGAAUACAUGUCAAAUGAAAUGCUGAUGAAGUGGCUUUGGCCCCGUGGGUCUGCCGCAGCAGAACGGCUCUGGAGUAGAAGGGAGGAUACAUUCGAUUUGUUUAAUGCCGCUAGAAGAUUAGCGGAGCACAGAUGUCGUAUGCUCAGGAGAGGCCUGGACCCCGGGUUUGCCAACGGUCCGGAAUUCUGUUUGAGGAAAAAGCACAACAGACGUAACACACAAAAUAGAAACCUUACGACGCUUAUGUCAGUCAAUCAAAGCUCUUUACCCCGGCAUCCAAUCAACGGCCGGCUAAUAUCAGUACCUUGGAAUUCAGACAGUGAGGUUGUGUUCCUGUUCUACAUGACUUCUGUAUCUGUAAUGUUUGUGAUAUUCCUGAUAUGCUCACAGAGAAAGAGGCGACUGUUCCAGUGCCGGUAGUGUUACUCCGUGUUUACACAGCUGUAUAUUGAUACAAAUCUAUUGUAAAAAAAUGUUACAGAAAACCAUGU